AUGGUAACAAGAUCAGAAGUUGGAAUACAUAAGCCAAAGGUGUAUCUCUGUAAUACUAAGUGGAGAGAAGGUGAAGGGGAACCCAAUUUAGUUCCUGAAGUUCUAAAGCACAUGGAGUGGUCAAAGUCAAUGUUAGGUGAGAACAGGUCACUGAUAAAAAACAAGACAUGGAUUCUUGUUCCACCUUCACUUGAGUACAACAUAGUUGGAAAUAAGUGGGUUUUUAAAGAAAAUCUUAAUGCAGAUGGAAACUUUCAGAGGUUUAAAGCCAGACUAGUUACAAAAGGUUUUCAUCAAAGACCUAGGCUUGACUUUGGUGAGACUUUCAGUCUUUUCAUUAAGGCCUCUAUAAUCAGAAUUGUAUUGGAAAUUAUUGUUGCAAAAGACUGA